AUGCAGCGGGGCGGGGGCGGGGCUCCGAGGCCGCUCCCCCGCAGCCGCCGCCCGCUCGACCCCGCCGCGCUCCUGAUGCUGCUGGUGGACGCCGACCGGCCGGAGCCCGUGCGCAGCGGGGCGCGCGAGCUCGCGCUCUUCCUGACCCCGGAGCCCGGGGCGGAGGCGAAGGAGGUGGAGGAGACCAUCGAGGGGAUGCUCCUCAGGCUGGAAGAGUUUUGCAGCCUGACUGACAUGAUCAGAAGCGACACUUCACAGAUCUUGGAGGAAAACAUCCCACUCCUCCAGGCCAAAGUGACGGAGAUGCGUGGCAUCUAUGCCAGAGUGGACCAGCUAGAGGCCUUCGUCAAGAUGGUUGGGCACCACGUCUCCCUCCUAGAGGCCCACGUGCUUCAGGCCGAGCGGGACCACGGGGCCUUCUCGCGGGCUCUACGGAGAUGGCUGGGCUCCACGGGCCUUCCCUCCUUUGGGAACAAGCUGUGGGCGCCGGCGCCCCCGCCCUACGAGCUGCCUGCGCUCUACCGGACGGAGGACCACUUCCCCGGGGCCGCCGGCCAGGCCGCUCUGUGCACCCCGGGCCACCCGCGCCGGCGCCUGUGAGCGCUGCACCUGCCACCUGGGAGCGGCACCUGCCGCUUAUGAGCACUGCACCUGCCGCCUGGGAGCGCUGCACCUGCCGCCUGGGAGCGCUGCACCUGCCACCUGGGAGCGGCACCUGCCGCUUAUGAGCACUGCACCUGCCGCCUGGGAGCGCUGCACCUGCCAUCUGGGAGCGGCACCUGCCGCUUAUGAGCACUGCACCUGCCGCCUGGGAGCGCUGCACCUGCCAUCUGGGAGCGGCACCUGCCGCCUAUGAGCACUGCACCUGCCACCUGGGAGCAUGGCCCCUGCCGCCUGGGAGCAUUGCACCUGCCACCUGUGAGCGUUGCACCUGCCGUGGGCAGGGAGAGGGCCCACCAGCUCCCCGCAGGGGGCUUCCCGACCGCUUCCUGCAUUCCUGAACCCCCUCCCUCGCUUCACUGAAACCCCGGGCCUCAGAGAUGGGUUUGGGGCGCGUGUGUGGCCGAGCCCAGCACUGAGCUGGAGGAGGCGAGUCCCUCCCACUCGGGGGGCCAGCCUGGUGUCCCCGGGGCUGCGGUGAGUGGGUCUGAGGAGCCAUCAAGGCUUCAGGCCCCCAGGGACCCGGGUUUCCCCAUGUCUCUGUGAUGGGCCUGGCGUGGGCUCUGUGGGGGCUCCUGCUCCGUGCCACCAGGUGCAUGGCUCCAGGUCCUCCUAUGGUGGGUGCUUUGUCCCCAACCCUUGUGCUUGCUGGCUUGUGAAUCCGCUCAAUAAAGGUGUCGAGAGGUCACGUAUGGUA